UGAACACAACACACAGGAGAGCCAUGUCGAGCGACGAGAGCGACUACAGCAGCAGCGACGACGAGACCGAGAAGGCCUUCUUCAAGCCCAAGCCCAAGCAGGUCAAGGAGGCCGUGCUCGCGGCCUCGGACUCGGAGGCCAGCGACUCGGACGACGACGACGAUGAGGAUGACAGCGCCGUCCAGGACGCCGAGAGCGCUGCGCAGGACGACCAUGCGAGCGAGCUCAAGCAAGCUGCGAAGGAGAAGACCAAGGCCACGGUGUACGUCGAAGGCAUCUCGUACGACGCCGACGAGAGCUCGCUCGUGUCGCACUUUUCGGCCUGUGGCGCCGUCAAGGAAGUGCGCAUGCCCCGGUAUCAGGACUCGGGCAAGCCGCGCGGGUAUGCGCACAUCGUGUUUGACUCGGACAAGGCCGCGAAGAAGGCGCUGGCCAUGGACGGCCAGUACAUGAUGAAGCGCUAUUUAAGCGUCCGACCCGCCGAGACGCCUCGCACCCUCGAAGCGGUGCUGACCAAGUCCAAGUCGACCAAGGCCAUCAAGGGCUGCCGAACGGUCUUUGUCAAGCAGCUGCCGUACGAGAUCACGGACGCCGAAGUCAAGGAAGCCUUCGAAUCCUGCGGCACGAUCAUCAGCGUGCGCCUCCCCGUGUGGAACCACACGAAAAAUUCCAAGGGGUUUGGGUACGUUGAGUUUGAGACCGAAGCCGAAGCCGUCGCCGCCACGAAGAAGAGUGGCAUGAAGAUUGGCAACCGUAUGGUGCUCGUCGAGUUGGACACGGGUGCGCCCAAGGCCAGCUUCCGCACGACGACGGGGCAGUACUGGAACAAGGUCGAAGAAGGCAAGGCGAGCCUCGCCAAGCGCAUGUCCGACAAAGGCAAGAAGCGCAACCAGCCGGAUGCGACCAAGCCGACCAAGAAGAAGCUGCGGUUGUAGAUAGUGACGGUAUGCAAGCAAGACAACAACAGACCCACCUUUGAACUCCAA